AGUGAGCAGAUGAAGGUACCAUAUACAACAAUAAAGGACUGAUGUAUAAUAAGACGAAGCGAGUAAAGGGAGUAAUUUAUCAUCGACUUAUGGUGAGAGAUGUAACAAUGUUGUCGCUAGCUGUAGCUGUAUUGCUCUUGGCUGCCCAUCCUGUUGACUCUACCCCUAGCGCAGGACGUGAAAAUGUUUGCAGCAGGCAGGUCUCGAUAGUGACGUCACGGCAAGUUUCUUACUCGGUAUCUUCUCGAACUACGGGAAAAACGAAUUGUGGAUUUUGGGGUUGGAGUCGUUGUACUACGUACAGUCGUCGAUAUAGCAGAGCAUAUCGCAUUGGGUAUUAUUCAACGUAUUCAAGAAACUACUUUUGCUGCACUGGAUGGGCUGAAGAUGGACUAGGAGGUUGUCCAAUUCCCAUAUGUUCACCGCAAUGUGGUGUUGGCGGAACCUGUGUAUCCCCGGACCGCUGUUCGUGCCGCUCUGGCUUUAGUGGACUACGGUGUAGUGACAUUAAUGAAUGUAAUGAAAACAACGGUGGAUGCCAACAUCUCUGUGUCAAUACGGAAGGAAGUUACUAUUGCCAGUGUUAUAUGGGGUAUGAUGAGGUUGGUGGGCAGUGUGAAGCUGUUUGUCAGCCACCAUGUAUCCACGGAGAAUGUACGGCACCAAAUUACUGUGAAUGUGAGGGAGAUUAUGUUGGCGACCGCUGCCCUGAUUUAAAUGAAUGUCUGCAGGACAAUGGUGGAUGUGCCCACAUAUGCACUAAUUUUCACGGUGGAUUUCGAUGCGAAUGCCUUUCUGGAUAUGUACUGUCGACGCUUACCGAAUGUCUACCCAAUUGCGACCCGCCAUGUGAGAACAAUGGUCAGUGCUCGUCCCCCAGCAUAUGUGACUGUCCCGAAGGAUAUAAUGGUGACAGAUGCGAAAAAGAUAUUAAUGAAUGCUUAGUAAACAACGGGGGAUGUGAACAGGUCUGUAACAACUAUCCUGGAUCAUUCAGCUGCUCGUGCUCCGAUGGCUAUACUGGAACAACUAACUGUACCGAUAUCGAUGAAUGCACUUUCGCCAGUUGUCACAAUUGUACCAAUUCACCCGGCAGCUUUGAGUGUAUUUGCAAAGAAGGGUAUCAAGUAUUUGAUUUAUAUAACUGUGAAGAUGUUGAUGAGUGUGCUACUGGUAUAGGUGGAUGUAGCCAAAAUUGUUCCAACACUAUCGGCAGCUUCAUUUGUGAUUGCCACGACGGCUGGACACUAAACUCUGAUGGAAAAAGCUGCAAUGCUAAUCCAUGUGUUAUUAUCGGAGUACCUUACAACGGCAUACGAAACUGCACUGGUUUUACGACCGGAGAAUCUUGCGUCUUUGAGUGUGCAUGGAAUUAUCGACUUUUAGGAUCCAAUAAGCGAAAGUGCUUAUCAAACGGUGAUUGGGACGGUCAAGUAACUCAAUGUGAAGAGAUUCUAUGUCCUGAGCUGUCACUACCCAAUGGUUACAUCUUUUUCCCAUGUGAGAACACAGUCGGCAGUCGUUGUAAUUUUGGUUGUGAUUUCGGAUAUUUCUUAGAAGAAGAUAUUGUUACACAAUGUCAAAGAUCUGGACUCUGGAACAGCUCUGCCCCAGUAUGUACUGAAAUAGAGUUGUGCAAGCCAUCACCAUGUGUAAAUGGUGUUUGCCGCUUUUCUCAAAAUGAGGCUGACGGAUAUUUCUGUGACUGCUCUGGAACAGGUUAUACUGGAAGGAAUUGCGAGGACGGUUUCGUAACAACACCGGUUUGGCCUGAGAUAUGGGUAGGCAAUGUCUACCAUGAUUUAGAAUUUACAGCUAAACCGAAGCAAACAAUCGAAUUAAAGAUUGUGACGGAUCCUGAUAGAGUAAUUGUUCACCCAACACAACUUUUUUUUACGCCAAACAUGAAGAACCAAAAAGUUUCUAUUCGAGGAGUUGGUCAGGGUUUUACAAAGAUUUCGUAUGUUAUGAGGGGAAAAGGAGCAGCUGCAUUUACAUCUCCAAACGAUGACGAGCUAUUUGUGUUUCAAAAUAAUACACCUAACAAUGGGUAUGUCUAUGGAAAAUAUUUCACACCGAGAUAUCAAUUUCCAUCCGGGUGUUUUGAGCUCUCAGAUAAAUCUAUAUGUUCGGGUGUCGAUGUUAAUUUCACAUCAACAAAGAAGUGGACAAAGACAAAGAAUUCUGCUACUCAAACUCUUGGUGUUGUUUCCAUAGCAACAAACACAUUUGAACUCCCACUUAAUCUUAUCGGACACUCAACCAUAAGUAUUGAUACAACAACAGACACUGUCCUUGCCAAUUGUCAAAUUGAAGGUAUAACCUUGGAUGGUGUCCAGGACUUUGUUAAACUGAGUUCAUUGUAUCGCAAAUACACACAAGAACUUGAAAAUAUUCUGCCUGAUUGGAUCACUUUUAUAUCAGUUAAGAUAGAUCCAGGAAACUCAAAAACAUCAUUUUCAACGUUGAUCCUUAAUGGAAAUGAGGUUAAAUCAAUAGAAUGGUGCUCAUCGGCACCCGUGAUCAGUGAUGGUCAGUAUUCCGUCUAUUUACUCUACAAGGCUGAAUUGAAUAUUGGGGGCAGAUAUGUAUCUUUACCACUCUCGCCAUACAAAGGGAAAUACUGUUUUCUUGUGGGUGUGUGUAGCGUCACUUCAGGAACAGUGAUGAUGAUGUUUCCAGAAGGUUCAAGAGAUCUUUUAGCUUACAUGAAUGACGUGGAUCCCGUUGAUUUUAUUGACGUUGAGGUGAAUGGUCUGGGAUUCUCAACAACUGACAAGCUCGAUCCAAAUGGUCGAUAUAGUCAAGCCCACGAUGACAACAAAAUUAGCUUCUUUGCCAAUCUUCAGUACACCUUCAAUAUUAACAAAACAGUGUCUGCAAAACUUGAAGGUAGUGGAGAUAUUUAUGUGACGCUAGAAAAUGUAACGCAGCUAUUUAGUCACCUGUUUACACAACGCUGGCAGAUACAGCAAUUUGGCAAUUCAACAAUUAGACUGCCCUGGCAAAUUCUUGGACAGGACGUAUCUCUAGAAUUCAAAUCAAACAAAGUGAAGAACCCAAUAUUAAAUGCCAGCUUUGGUAAUUAUUCUACAAGUGAAUACUCAUCUACACGUGGAAUAGUAAUGAAGUCUUCAACCUCACAUAGCGUUUUUGAUGAUACACCAUUUUCAUGGCUGCUUAAACCCCAGAAAGUAGGGACACCGGCAGAGGUGUUUGUAUAUUACGACUUGACACCGAGUCUUUCUAUUCCAUCAGACCUUAACGGCCUAACACAGAUUAUCAAUAAACUACGGGACAUACCAAAGCAAUUAUCUACAUUAGCUGAACAGCUAUUGACAUAUGGAUACAGUGACAUGUAUGUAACUCCUAUUUUAUCAACAACCAAUUACCUAGAAGGGUCAAUCAACAAUUAUUUCCAAGUACUCUCUUUAAGGAAGUCAAUUGGUAACUCUUUGUCUGAGAUUCGUAUACAGUGUAAAGAAAUUCUGAAGUCACUUCGUUAUCUUAAUGAUACACUUUUCAGCAACCAAAUUAACCAAUAUAAUAAUUUCCAAAUAAAUCUUCAAAACAUAACACAACAGUUAGAGGAAAUCAGUAAUCAGGUUCUCACAGAAGUUCAGAAUAUUUUUGUUUACGAAACCGCAGCAGGAUCUGGGUUUCGUAUGACGUCAGAAGUCUGCUUGUCGCCUUACCUUUGUUUUCCAUUGUUAGAAGUUAAAGUAUCAAACUACUUGUCAAACUCAAGCUGGAAAGAGUGUACUGAACUACAGACUGAUCCAGGUAUAUCAGAAAUUUGUGUUAGUGGUAAAUACACAGCUAAAGAAACACUCAAUCGAUUCAUAACUAUACCUAACAAUGCCAAGCUUAGUUUAGCAUUGCAAACUAAUGAUAAUCAUUGGAUUGGAAAUAUACCAGUACUCACAAAGCUUCUUGGGAUUGAACAAAUGACCAUGAUGCACUUGGCAAUGUCUGGAACAUAUUUCAACUUGUCAGGAAAGCUAUGGGGAUUCUUCAAUAUGAAAGGAAAUGUUACUUCAAAAUUGGAUUCUUUUGAAUCAAUGAUAUUACAUGUAAAUGGUGACAUGGCUGUUGAAGGUCCAUCUUCAUUAGGAAGAAUUAUGAAAGACAAAAUAAUCACACUAUCUCAGAAAUUAGUUCAAGAUAGUGAACAGAGAUUAGAACAAGGCGUUAAGUCGGUUAAAAUGGUGAAAUCAAGAUUAGAUGUGGUUUUGGAAGAAAAGCGUUUAAAAAAAGCGAAUGUUGAUAGGGCUGAACAGAAAUAUGCUUCUGCAGAAAGCGAUCUUCUGACAGCAAAUAUCAAUGUCAAGAAUACACGCGAAUCAUUGGAUGACCAACAUGACUACACGAAGGAGAUAGAAGACCAAUUGAAUUCCGUGUGCAAGGUGCAUAAUUGUAGUGGUGUCUGUCUGCCUGGACGUACCAUUGUUACUGUAACCAAAGAUGUUUAUGCAUAUGUACCGUAUCAAUGUUGUGCCGACAGGACUGAACCAACAGUCAUUGAGGAAACAACUAGUUGUUGUUCGAGUUGUGUAGUUGCAACACCUGUUAAAAAAACUUCGUUGAGUCUUGACCCAUUUAAAUUAGUGGUCGCUGGAAUUUCAGCACUUACUAAAAAUUGGAUCAAAGCAGGUGUCUCACUUGUAAGUUCAGUGAAAAUAAAAAGAGGCCAGCGACUGUCUUAUUCAAAAUCUGAGUGUUGUGAAAACUGCAAAAAACCAGUAGAAAUUGAGGUUAUGUUCACAUCAUGUAGUACUUGCGUUGAUUAUCUGAUUGUAGGUCAGACUGUACAGACUGAAACACAAGAGGUUGAGUGUAGUACGCAGGUACCCGAUGCUAACUGUGUGCGUAGAAAUGAAGAAUGCCGACAAACACGAAACCGAUUAUUUGACCGCCUGAAACUAGAAACUCCUGACCUUGCAGCACUAAUUGAGGAUUUAGACUAUGCUCUCCAACGUGCAUCACUUGCCGAAGCAGCAUUGAAUGGAGCAUUGAUCGAACUCCAAGACGCCAUUGGUCAACACGAAGAAGUGUUGAGUAGAGUCUUUUCGUUACAGGAACAUCUUAAUAAUACGCAAAAUGCGCUAAACAAAAUCAGUAAGAAUGUUGGAGCAGGUUUGGCAAUACAAGAACUCCAAAUAAAUGGUUCGAUUGAAGCAAAUUUAGAGUUUAAGAAACUUGAAUUUGACAUUGACUUAGUUGGAGAGGAAACUACCAUAAUUCCAGUUGUGUGUCACCUCACACUAGCGUCCGAUCCUGUACAGAUUCAAAUUGUUAUUGACCUCAACAAUUUAGAUUACACAAUCGAAAAUGGUGCGCUGUUUAUGACAGAAGUACUGUUCGGUGAUAUAACAAGGUCCGUCAGAAGAAGAAGAGAAGCAAGUCAAAGCCGUUUCGGACUUGUACAUCAUCGAAAACGACGUGAGACUAAUAUGAUUAUUGAACAACCAAUGAUGGAUACUGUGAGUUAUAAUGUGAUAAAUAACAUAUCAGAUUACAACAUAAGCAGUAUCAUUUUACGAGAUCAGAGAAUAGUACAAAAUGAGGCAAGAUGUCAGUACUUUAAUGAUACUUUGAGUUUCGUAGAACAUUCUUUCCAAAUGCUGCUAGAGAUUGCAAACUUUAGCAAAGUAGCGGCAAAUGUGCCAGGUUUAGAAAAUGUAGACAACUUUCACAGUGAAUACAUAUAUAAUUUAUCAACAUCCUCGGAAACUGCAAAUGCUAGUGCUGCUUUUCAGUUUUUCAACUUGACUACUGACGAUAUACAGUAUCUAAACAGCAGUUUAGUUGACGGUCUUGAGCAAAAUGCUUUGACAAAGGUUAUAGAUUCAGCAAAAAUGAAAGCCAACAACACGAAAUUGUUGCUAGAGGUUGACGAUGUCUUAUCAAGAUGGGAAGUCGUAAUGGAAACCUACACACGCAAUUUCAGUGGUAUGAAUGACUGUGAGGGAUUCCAUGAUUGUUUGACAACUGAAUUGAUUGGAUUGAAAUAUUUGUCGGAAGAUCGCCAAAUAUACGAAAAGGUUAUAAUUCUUGAUGACGAUAUAUCAAGAAUGUUAGAUAAAACUACGUUGAAUGUCAAUGAAGCUGUAACAGGAGCAAAUAAUAUACUCAAUCAGAUUCAUUUUCUUAAAAAUACUAAUGACAUUUGUUUAAGAAAGCCGACAGUUACUAAACAUCCAGAAGCUAAAGUUGUGACGGUUGAAGGAAAUGACGUCACUAUAACGUGUCAGGCAUCCGGAAACCCAUCGCCGACAUUCAGUUGGACGUUUAACGGUGAAACGCUGAGUGGUAUCUAUACACAUUCGCUUCUACUGAAGCAAGUGAACGCCACUGAUUCAGGUACGUACACUUGCCAUGCCAGCAACGAAGUGACGUCAGUUCAGUCUGAACAAUGCCAGCUAACUGUGGAAUUUCCACCAUCGAUUAUCAAACAUCCACAAGACGCUGACAUCGAACAAGGAAAUCCUGAAGGUAUAUAUUUCACUUGUCAAGCUUCCGCCCUUCCAUUACCAAACUACCAGUGGUACUUUCAGGCCUUGUCAACAUCAACCAUGGAGGCGAUCUCAGGUGAGAAUGCUUCUGGUAUCGAGAUAUUAAGUCCAACAUUUAGACAAGAAGGAUGGUAUACAUGUGAGGCAUGGAAUGCACACGGAAGGCAGAUGUCAAAUCGUGCAAGACUAAAUAUUCUUGGUGUAUCUAUACCGGAGUUCUCCAGUGAUGUUACGAUUACGCUUUAUCGAUUAGAUGAUUCAAACACGACUUUACAAAAUGACUCUUUAAGAAAUGGUCUUUCGGAGGUCAUUAGUGUUGAUGAACCAGAACUCGAACGUCUAAACUAUAAGGAAUCGAGUCCUGCCGGAAAGACGUUUCUGACUGAGAUAUCAUUUGACGUCAAAAGUACCAAUGUCACACCAAUUGAUAUUGUAAACGCAAGUCGGGAGGAAUUGGCGUAUUUGGCGCAAGAUAAGAUUGAAAGCGUCCGGGUCAAAGUAGCCGAACUUAAUGAUUUGUUAACACCAGGAGACAUAUUUGAACAUCGGGGAGAAAUAUUUGAGGUGACACGGUUCAUUGCCGGUAUCAAUGGUCCAAUAUGUCCCAACACUCAGUACGCACACCAGGAUGGGUACAUUUGCGUGCAUUGUCCUCCGGGAUCAUACCGAGGAAACGAUAAACUGCCUGCAACGUGCGAGCAUUGCCCCAGUGGAUUUUAUCAACCAGAGGAAGGACAGGCAGAAUGUCUUGUCUGCAAUAGUGAGCUUGCUACAGAGCCUGGAUCAAGACGUUGCCUUCUGUUUUCGCAUAAAGAUGAAGAAGUCUCACCAAGUGGAAUAGUGACGUCAGUAUCGAAUGGAAUCAGUACUCCAUGGCUUUUUGAAACUGAUGCUUAUCAAUUGAAUGGUAAAAUUUUGGUAUACGCCAUUGGGGGUGGUCUCGGUGGAUUUGCCAUUUUGAUAUCAGUCAUUGGUGUUAUUGUAUGUCAUCAUAGGAAGAAAAAUAAGAGCGAGAACAAAGAUAUCCAGUAUGGCAACGAUUGUUACAACUCUGUUGGCAAUCUUUAUGCUCCUACCCAUAUUGGUUAAAUAAAACAAAUGUCAAAUUAUGAUUUGUAGUGUAAUUGGAUCCAAUAAAAUAAAGAUUAUUAUGUUAUAACAGUUGUAUGUAUAGGGGUUAGCACUUACACCCAAUGUUUUUUUUCUGAUUUUAAUAUUAAGACGCUGUAAAAAUGUUACUCUUUAAUAAUUAAUAAAAAUAAUAAUAAUUUUGGUGUAUAGAGACGUCUUAUCUGGUGUCUCAGGGCCUUGUAAAGUACUGUUGUUACUAAUUACGUCAACAGUGGCUUUUACAGACACCUAGAAUACUAAGAUUGUGGUAGAGAAUUUUACAAAGUUUACAAAUUAAAUUUAGGUGGCCUGUUCAUAUUGGAUUUCUAAAUAAAUCUAUUCACAUAAAGUACGGUGUACGCAACAUACAUAAAAUACACUGUAGUUUUGCAAAGUUCAUCACACAUUCAGACAUUAAAAGAAAACGGUAUGUUAUGAAAUGGCUCUUGCAACUUUUUAUCUGUGGAUUCUAGGAGCUAAAAUGAUGUUUUUU